AUGGGAAGUGAAGAGCCUCAAAUGUACAAUCAAAUUAUUUUUGUCAAAUUGGAUAAAUCACUACAAGAAAUUCUGUGGUGGAAAAGUUUGGAUGUGGCAACAAAGCUACCUUAUGCAAGAGACAGAGUUGUGGAGUGCUACUUUUGGAUGAUGGGAAUUUACUUUGAAUCUCAAUAUUCUUUUGCAAGAAUAAUAAUGGCAAAAUUACUUGCAAUUUUAUCCUUAUUGGAUGAUACUUAUGAUAACCAUGCUACAUUUGAAGAAGCUGAGAUUUUAACAGAAGCUAUCCAAAGGUGGGAUAUUAAGGCCAUCGAUGCUCUCCCAGAGUACAUGAAAAUAAUUUAUAGUACAUUACUAGAUCUCUACAAUGAAUAUGAAGAAAAUAUUGCAAAUGGACAAAAUUCACUUUACUCCCUGCAUUAUGCCAAGGAAGCAACGAAGAGAGUAGCGCGAGCCUACUUAGCUGAAGCCAAGUGGCGCGAGGAAGAUUAUACGCCAACAAUGGAGGAAUAUAUGGAAGUUUCACUUAUAAGUACUUGCUAUCCUUUGCUGGCAAUUAUUUCGUUUCUUGGCCUGGGGGAAAUUGCAACAGAAGAUGCCUAUGAGUGGGCUUCCAAAGACCAGGGCCGGCCUUAG